CAGUUUCCUCACAUCCUCUUUCCUCUUCCUUACCCCUGUAAGGAGGAAGCACGCUCUUUGCUAAAAGCGAGCAUGUUGUUUUUACCCAGCUUCCAGAUCAUUAUUAAGAGAGAGAGGGAGCGAGAUUUGGCGGCGUAUUGGUGGGGACGGGAACUGUGCCUGCUAUAUUUCACUGGGACUGGCGCGUGGAGUAGAAAAGCAGAUGUGUGUGGACUGCCAGAGAAAUCGCUGACUGAUCCUUGCGCAGUCUGGGUUCGAGGAGCUGAGACAAGACGAGGCAAAGCAGUUAUGCCAUACAACAGUGCCCAUCACUGUGUCGUGGAAGUGGAAAACUUCUUGUUCGUGCUGGGAGGAGAAGACCAGUGGAACCCUAAUGGGAAACACAGUACAAACUUUGUUAGCCGAUACGAUCCCAGGUUUAACAGCUGGAUACAACUUCCACCCAUGCAAGAGAGGAGAGCCAGUUUCUAUGCCUGCCGCCUUGACAAGAACUUGUAUGUCAUCGGUGGAAGAAACGAAACUGGCUACUUGUCCAGCGUUGAGUGCUACAACUUGGAGACAAACGAGUGGCGUUACGUGUCUUCGUUACCACAACCCCUGGCAGCCCAUGCAGGAGCCGUUCACAAUGGCAAGAUAUAUAUUUCAGGAGGUGUCCACAAUGGAGAAUAUGUCCCCUGGCUGUACUGCUAUGACCCUGUGAUGGACGUCUGGGCCCGAAAACAGGACAUGAACACAAAACGAGCAAUCCACACUCUGGCUGUAAUGAAUGACCGACUGUAUGCAAUUGGAGGAAACCAUUUGAAAGGUUUCUCCCAUCUCGACGUAAUGCUUGUGGAAUGCUACGAUCCAAAAGGUGACCAGUGGAAUAUCCUCCAGACUCCUAUUCUGGAGGGUCGCAGUGGCCCUGGCUGCGCGGUCCUUGAUGACAGUAUUUACCUUGUAGGAGGCUACAGCUGGAGUAUGGGAGCCUACAAAUCUUCUACUAUUUGCUACAGUCCUGAGAAAGGGACUUGGACAGAACUGGAAGGUGAUGUUGCGGAGCCCCUUGCAGGACCUGCGUGUUCGACUGUGGUAUUGCCGGCCUGUGUUCCAUACAACAAGUGAUGGGCCAGGAGCACUGACACGAACACUGAGUGCAUUUGGGAAAAUAAUGACGGGUGACGUAAAUAUUUUAUUAGAACAGAAUUCCUGUUAAAACAAAGCUACCAUAAUUGACCCCUCAUUCCAUGUUUAUGCUUUAGGAGCAAACUAAAAGAAAAGAAAAACCAAGCGUUGUCCCAUCUCAGAUAGGUGCCGGUGUCUUAUGAAGCAAGAAGCUAAAACACACCGAACAUUACAUGCUGACAGACUGCCUUUUCAGACUGAUUUAAACUUUUCCUGCUGCAGAGACACUCCUCACAUCAAAUUUAACUUUAAAAAAUAAAUGAUGGCUAACUCUUCAAAUAGAGCCUGAAGAGACACGAUCAGUAUUGUGCAUUGUAUCUACCUGCAUGUGAUCUGUGUUGAAGUCAUGAGGAUGUUGUUUUCAUGAAUGUUUCAGAAUUCAGAUAGUGAAAAGCUCACACUGCAUUGCAGAAUUGUCUCCUCCUCUGUAAUCCUAACCUACAACUACUUCAUAUGCUCUGCAAGCAACACAGCACCAGAAGAUUAUAAAAGGUAAAGAAAUAUCAUUCAGUUUUUGCACAGCUUGGCAACUAAUACACUCUGCCUUCAAAGUCCCCAUGUGCAAGUGCAGCAGAAAGCAGACUACAAUGAAAGCUAUGCUUUACAGAGCACUUCUUGCAAUAGCAGCUUAGGGAUUAGGAUCAAAUUCUUCUAAUCACACUUGUGUAAAGUCAGAGUCAUUUCACUGAAAUCACAUGGAAUGACUGGUUCUACAUUAGUAUAACAGAAUUUGGAUCCUACAGCUUAAAAUCUGGCUUUGUAAAGUAAGUUAUUUCUAUGACCACUUAACAAAGCACCAGAAACCUUACUUCCUUUUCACUAACCUGUUAGAUAUCAGCAUCUGUGUGAGUUCUUUCCAAAGACAAGAAGACUGCAUUUAAUCAUAAAUUUAUUGCUUUGGACUCUGAAAUGCUUAUGUACAUUUUUGGAGAGACGCUGGUAAGUAGUUAAAGUAGUCCUGUGUGGUUGAUCCUAAGAUGCACUCUGAGAGAGUUUUACUGUUGAUCCAAAGUAAUAUAAGGCCAGAGUUUCCACUGCCUUAUAGCCUGUGUAAUUAUUUACACAUUGCAAAGUGAGUUCAGAAUGCUCCCACACGGGACUGGUAGCAUUUAGGACUUGCUUCAUGAAGUCGUAGUUGCUUGCACAAAUCAGACUGUCUAUGUGUUAAGCUUAUGUCUUUCUGUCCUGGCUUUGCAAAAGCAGGGACAGAAUCUGAGCCCGAUUCUUCACCACCUUGCAGUUAACAGACAUAAUCACCUGCACCUCAUUACAGUAUGGGCA